AUGGAUCACAGAAGUUGGCACCUUGCUUUGUUCUGCUUAUCUCUAUGCUUCGGUUCAGGUUUCGGGUACACUCCAAGAACAAAUGCGGGUGAAUGGUGUGUUGCUAGGCCAGAUGCUUCAGAAACUGCUCUACAGACUGUUCUCGACCAUGCUUGUGGCCAGGGAGGUGCAGACUGCUCAGAAAUUCAGCCAGGAGGUAGCUGUUACAUACCAAUCACUGUUCGUUACCACGCUUCUUAUGUAUUCAACGAGAAUUACCAAAGGAAUCCAGCACCUAGCAGCUGUGAUUUCGAAGGAACAGCAACCCUUACAAAGAUUGAUCCAAGUAGUGGGAACUGCAUCUUUGAUGCAUCAUCAUCCAGUACAAGCAAGAGUCCACCAGCAUCUGUCAGCCCUCCAAGUCCAGAAACUAGAAAUCCAACGGCACCAACUACUCCUACGACGCUAACUCCACCGGGGCUAACUCCACCAGGGCUAACUCCACCGUCGACGAUGCCUGGAAGGCCCAACACAGCUUCAUCUGCUUUUAAUUCCUUGCUGCUGUUGUUUGCAAGUGGCCUCUUGGCUUCACUUCUACUGGCAAAUUACAUCUAG